CCUACCCGUUGAGUACCUUUCGUUUUCCUAUCUUUUUGUUCUACUCUCGCGUCAAGGAACGAACCAUCAUCGCCCCGUCUCUUUCGUUGCAACCGUUGCGCUCUCUCCACGCCCACCGCACACCUCUCCCUCCCUCCCACGACCCUUUCAAUCCAGGAGCCGGAGUGAGGUGAAACCCUAGAGAUUGCCGGAGGCGAUCGAGAUGGAGCGCUACAGGGCGGCGGGGAGCCCCGCGUACGGGCGCCAGCAGAGCAUCUCGAGCCCCUCCGGAGAAAGGACGUCGCCGACGUCCAUGUCGCCCGUCUACCCUAGCCAACUCAACCAGCAGCAACGUCAUGUCCGCUCAGGCUCCGCAGGUGUUGGCACCUUCCGCCGCGCGCAGAACAACGCCGCUCGUGCCGCCGCCCAGCGUCUCGCCCGCGUCAUGGCGCACCAGCACGCGGACGAUGAUGAGGAAGAGGACGAGGAGGACGACCUCCUCUCUGGCCCUCCUAUCGAACUCUCCACCCCUCGCCGCGCAGCCCGGUCCCCGUCUCCUGCAAUAAGUCGCUACCUCGCCGACCAAACUCCUGUUCGUCCUACGCCUGUCGGUCGAUUGGCUGUGGGUUCAAAGCCAGUUACAAUUAUCCCAUCCAUUAGGUCAUCACAGAGACCUCUUACUUCAGCGGCAUCAUCCGACUCUCUCAGUAACAGUCAAAGAUCAGAGGCAGCUUCACUUUCUGUUCGAAGAGACAAAGUGAUGUCUAUUGACUUGGGUCAUCUAAGUAUGAGACAGCCAAGCAGUGCUCAAUCAUCAUCCAAAUCCCAAGAUGAGAUUGAGAGUCUACAGGAUGAAAGUGAGAAUAAUACUGAAAAGCUUGCAGAAGAUAUAUACGAUGAAGCAGAGUCAAAAGCUGGACAAGUUGAGAAACAGGUAGCUUCUGUUGGUGAGGGUCUAUCUGUGGAAUCUCGCCUCUUUGCCAGAAAACAAGAGGCCUUGCAAAAAAGAGAGGCAGCUAUGAAAGCUGCCUCACAAACGGGCAAUGCCACAAAAGAGAUUUCUACGCUAAGAGCUGAAGCAAAGAUCGCAAGGGAUGAGGCAGCAUCGGCAUCCGAGCAACUUCAGGAGGCAGAAUCAGAACUUAAAUCUCUUAAGACAAUGGCCCAUAAGAUGAUAUUAUCACAAGAACUAAUGGAGGAAGUUGUUCUCAAGAGGUGUUGGCUUGCCCGAUACUGGCAACUAUGUGUUAAUUAUGGCAUAUAUGCUGAUAUUGCGGAAAGCAAGUUCGAAUUUUGGUCAUCCUUCUCUCCUCUUCCACUUGAAGUUGUGUUAUCUGCUGGACAAAAGGCAAGGGAGGCCAAGGAUGGGUAUUCAUCAGAUAAAAGUGAUCAAGAGGAUAAGGAGGUUUCAUGGAAUGCAAGUGAUCUUUCUGGAGAAGGAACUAUUGAGAGCAUGCUCUUGGUUGAAAAAGGCUUGCGUGAACUGACUUCUCUGAAGGUAGAGGAAGCGAUCCUGUUUAUAAUGGCUCAAGAACGACGAGCAAGCGCUAAAUGUGGUACACUGAUUCUGCCUGAAGGUCAAAAUCCUGUCGAAGCAUUUGAAUUGAAUCAAGAAGAAUCUGAAGAUGUGGAUUUUAAGCAGGCUUGGUUGACAUAUUUCUGGAGGAGAGCAAAGAAUCACGGUUUGGAAGAAGAUAUUGCAGAUGAAAGGCUGCAAUUUUGGAUUGAGCAAAGCAACCACUCUCCUACAUCACAUGAUGCAGUUGAAGUUGAGCGUGGGCUUGUUGAGCUGAAGAAGUUGGGGAUUGAGUGGCAAUUGUGGGAAGUCUGCCAUCGCUGAAACCAAUCUUCUACUACAGCUUUGAGUUUAAUAUUUAUUAUCAAAAUCUCAUGGUUGCUAACUACACAAAGGAGGAACAUCAAUGGUGAGCUGGAGACCAAGAAAAACAUAGGAGGUUUUUAAGACACUAAGCUAACAAAUAAUCCAACCCAUUGGUGUUUUUUAUAUCGUAUAUUUUAGUCAAGUAUCAACAUUGUUUUGCUUCUCCCAAUAGAUUUGGUAGGAUUUUGAGUUCACAUCUUGUGUAAACCCUGUGGCCAAAUCUUGAACAAAAUGAAAAAUUUAAUGGAAACGGUCAUGUUCUAAGGUAACCCGAGUCUCACAUUAAGAUGCCAUUGAUUUGCUCAUUGCGUUGUAGAUUUGACAAUGUAAUAAUAACUUGCAACCUAAUCA